AUGCACCGGGCGCAGGCCGCCGCCGGGUCGUUGACCGCUAUCGAUCGCGGGGGCGCGCGCCCCUGCGGCGCCGACGCCCCCCACGCGCCACCAGCCCCCUGCUCGCCGCACACACGAGGAAACCCCGCCACUACCGCAUGCGACAUUUCGCUCCACUUAAGACGGAAGACUUUUUACCUUUUCGUAGCUAUUUCCGUGCGCGAGGAUAUAUUUGACGGCAUGAUU